UUGUACUAUAUGUUUUUCUUUACCUUCUGAUGCAGGUGAUGAGCCCGGUAGCUACUGCAAUUCUCAGAAAAUGCCACACCGCUUAUUCUCUUCAAUCGAGGUGAAGCUCUCCUUGAUCUUCCACAGAGCUCCAACAUAACCAACUAUCACUACCCAAUAAUUCAGAUCAGUGAGAAACACCCUUCUCACUUCACAACCAUACACUCUCUCUCUCUCUCUUUCUCUCUCUCUCUGCCCAAUGCUUCAUUUUAAAGCUGGAAACUUUUCUGUCACUCAAACGUGAAAUUAUGAAUCACUUUCUCUCUCCCCUUUGCUAAAGAUCCCAUCUUUCUCAGUUCAAAAAACAGGUUGUCUGUCUGUUAGAUAUUGCAUCACUGCCACCAUGAUCAAGCAAUUUCUGAGCAAACUCCCUCGGAAAUUGCCAAAAGCUGACCAAGUAGAUUCUUUAGGGGGUGAUUCUGGCAACAUUAAUGCCAAUUUCAGCAAUGGAUUCCAAUGUACAAAUGUUGGUAGUGCUCUUUCAAGCAAAUUGAAUGUUGUGAAACGGGUGUCUUCAGCAGUUUUCCCCACAAGCAUUGCAGCUGGAGUUGAGCCAGUGGAAGCACAUCUAUCCUUCAAAGAUGUUUCAAAUUCACAGAAGCCGAACCUGUUUGUCAGUAAGUUGAACCUCUGCUGCGAGGUUCAUGAUUAUAGUGAUUCAGAAAAGCAAGAUAUUAAACGUCAAACCUUGAUAGAGCUUGUUGAUUUUGUUUCUUCUGGAUCCGCAAAGUUCACUGAACCUGCAAUUGCUGCAGUGUGUAAAAUGUGUUCAGUUAACCUGUUCAGGGUUUUCCCUCCUAAAUACCGUUCUAAUUGUGGUGGGGGUGAAACAGAAGAUGAAGAGCCAAUAUUUGAUCCCGCUUGGUCAUAUUUGCAAAUUGUGUAUGACCUACUCCUUCGGUUCAUCAGUUACAGCUCUCUUGAUGCAAAGGUGGCAAAAAAGUAUAUAGAUCAUUCUUUUAUUGUGAGAUUACUUGACCUCUUUGAUUCUGAGGACCCAAGGGAAAGAGACUGUUUGAAAACAAUUCUGCAUAGAAUAUAUGGGAAAUUCAUGGUACACAGGCCUUUUAUUCGAAAGGCUGUUAGCAAUAUCAUCUAUCGAUUUGUUUUCGAGACCGAGAGACAUAAUGGAAUAGCUGAGCUGUUGGAGAUUUUUGGGAGUGUAAUUAGUGGGUUUGCAUUGCCUUUGAAGGAGGAACACAAGAUGUUCUUAUGGAGGGCUCUGAUUCCUCUACAUAAACCAAAAUCAGUAGGUAUUUAUCAUCAACAAUUAACCUAUUGUGUUGUACAGUUUAUAGAUAAGGAUCCAAAGUUGGCCGGCACUGUCAUUAAGGGACUGUUAAAGUACUGGCCAAUUACAAAUAGCCAGAAGGAAUUGAUGUUUAUAAGUGAGUUGGAAGAGGUUUUGGAAAUGACUAGUAUGGUUGAGUUCCAAAAGAUCAUGGUGCCACUGUUUCGGCGUAUAGGUUGCUGCCUCAACAGCUCUCAUUACCAGGUGGCUGAACGCGCCCACUUGCUAUGGAACAACGAGCACGUCCUUAAUCUUAUCUCACAUAACAGGCAGGUGAUUCUGCCUCUUGUCUUCUCAGCUCUAGAGCGAAACGCUCAAAAUCACUGGAAUCAAGCUGUGCUCAACCUAACCCUAAACCUGAGGAGGAUGUUCUGUGAGAUGGAUGAAGAGCUGGUAGUUGCGUGCCAACAUAAGUUGGAGGAGGAAGAUUCAAGGUUACGUGUGGCAGCUGAGAAGCGGAGAUUGACAUGGGAACGCCUGGAAACUGCCGCUGGUCUCCAACCUUUAGCUGGUAAUAUUUUAGGUUCAGUAAAACCUGCCACAUGCUCUGUUGCUUGCUAAUGCUUGGAUAACAGUAUUUGGGAAACAUAUCAGAAACAUUAUCGUGGCAGCUUUUACUAUAGUUCUGGAUGUAGGUUCUUGAAUAUCACCUAGUUUGGAAUGUCAAUAGGGUUUCUAUCUGCACUAAGAUGCUUUGUUGAAAUUGUGUGGAGUGGUUAUGCUGCUGCCUUGAAGGUUGUUUCGCGCACAAGAGGUCGGGGUUGGCGGGAUUGCUUGCAAUUGUGUGUAUUGACCUCUCUGGUAUCCUUGCACAUGAGCUGUUUGUUUUUCCCUGUAUUAUUAUAUAUAUUCUAUCAUAUACCCUAAGAAUUUACUAAUCGUGCUUUCUUUCUUUCCAAACUUAUAGCAAGAAUAUUUUCAAGCCA